AUGCAUUCUACCAUCGUCUUGACCCUUGCUACUGUCGCUGCUGCUGUUACAACAGUUUCUGCCUCUGUUAAUGGCUGUAAUCCUUCUUACAACGUAACAAGCUCGGGUACAUGUUUUACCAAUUGCAAUGUCCAAGCGGGAAGCGCUUAUGUUUCUGGCUGGACAAUGGAUCCCGAUUCGCCAUUGUUUAUUCAAUCCCUCUCUAUCAUGUGCAAUAAAGGUACUUCUGAAUACCUUGCUUUUAUGACUAAAGCUGGCAUAUGUAUGGUGAAUUGCCCUGAUGAUCCUACUCUUUUCAAUACCGAAUUUGCUGGUGCUUGUGCUUGGUAUACUGAACACAAGAACGAUACAUGUGUCAUUGCUUCUACCAAUACCUCUUCUACAUCCUCAUCGUCGUCAUCAUCGUCUGUCUCUAAUUCCAAUGCUACUUCCGGCGCAUCUAUGAGCGUGUCGCACUUUAGCAGUGUUGGUGUUGCUGUUUUACUCGCUAGUGUCGGUUAUUUGGCACUUUGA